CACCCAACAACAACAAACCGAGCACGCUUUAAACAGAGCGCACAGAAUCACAUGUGAGAGCGGCCGGAGAGAGAGAGAGGUCGACAUGGAGCUAAGAAAAAGAGAAAUUACUCACAGAACCUGAGAAAUGUUAAUCUGCGCUGUGGAAAGAGCUCAGCUCUCUCACACUGUACCUGCUGAUUUAGGGCCGCAGGAGUAAUAAAGCUAAAGUUUCAUCAUGAGUUUAUCCCGCUGCUGGAGAAGAGCUCUGCGGAUGACCGCAGUAAGGCUGCGGGUGCGUGUAAGAUGUGAUUCUUCAGUCAGCAGUGCCGCUGGACCCGUGGACACUAUCUACGCUCUCUCCUCUGGGCAGGGCCGGUGUGGAGUGGCCGUGGUCCGGGUCAGCGGACCGGCUGCAGGCGGGGCUCUCCGCAGUGUGGCCGGUCUGAGCCGCGCUCUACCCGCCCCCCGAACCGCCCUCCUGCGCAGCAUCCUUAACCCACAGACCAAUGAGGUGCUGGACCGAGGCCUGGUGCUGUGGUUUCCAGGCCCUCACAGCUUCACUGGAGAGGACAUCGCUGAGUUUCAUAUACAUGGUGGUCCUGCUGUCAUUAAUGGUGUCUUGCAAGCUCUUGGAAGUCUACCCGGGUUGCGGCCUGCAGAGGCGGGCGAGUUCACCCAACGAGCAUUCCAUGCUGGGAAGCUGGACCUGACUGAAGUAGAGGGUUUGGGGGACCUUAUCCACGCUGAGACAGAAGCCCAGAGGAGGCAGGCACUAAGGCAGAUGGCAGGAGAUUUGGGUCAACUUUAUAAUGACUGGAGUCAGCGACUUAAGCGAUGUUUGGCGCAUGUGGAAGCCUUCAUUGACUUCAGUGAGGGUGAUCUCAUAGAGGAUGGAGUCUUAAAUCAAGUGGACUUGGAUGUGCCUCAGCUGCAGAUGGAAAUAGAGAACCAUCUGUGUGAUGAGAGGAGAGGAGAACGACUCCGCAGUGGAGUGCAGGUGGUGAUUGCAGGAUCCACCAAUGUAGGAAAGAGCAGCCUUUUCAACAUACUGUGCCAGCGGCCGGCUGCUAUCGUAUCCCCCAUAGCAGGAACAACCAGAGACAUUGUGGAGACUUCUCUGGACAUCGGGGGCUUUCCCGUCCUGUUGAGCGACACGGCGGGCCUGCGGGACACUGGCGACUGCGUGGAGAAAGAGGGCGUCCGCCGCGCUCGACACAUGGUGGAGCUGGCAGACGUGACGCUGGUGUUGGUGGACUCAACGCAGCUUCCUCAAGAACCUCCAAUGGUGUCCGGGUUCCUGAGAGAAUAUCUGAUGAACGUCCUGCCCAGUGGAAACAACUACAAACAACAACGUCUUCUUAUCCUUAACAAAAUUGACCUCCUUCCUAAAGAACACAUAAGUGCUAUCCAGAAUGUUCUCACACAAACUUCUGAUCUGGCUCCAGUCUGCAUUUUGUCAUGCCAUUCCAGAGAAGGGCUGGAACGUUUCCUCACAUUAUUACAGGACCGACUAAAAACACUGUGUGGAGACCCGCUGGCCGGCAGCCCAAGUCUAACUCAAACCCGCCACCGAGCUCAUCUCCAGAACUGUGUGGAAGCCUUGAAUCAGUAUUAUCAGUACAGAAAUGUGGACCUGGCUCUGGCAGCAGAGGGACUGCGCUUAGGACUUAGCAGCUUGGGUAGGAUUACAGGCAAGGUGGGGGCUGAGGAAAUCUUGGAUGUGAUUUUCAGAGACUUUUGCAUCGGCAAAUAAAGAUACUAUGAUUCAUGACCAUUACUAUAUUCUGAUAAAGUUAAUGCUUACAGAUUUUUGUUUAUAUGUUGCAACAAUUUUAAUAUAAAUUGGAAAUAGGAAAAACAA